AUGGGUAGAAGUGACAUCUUGUUGUCACCACUUAUUAGUGAUAAUGAUUCUGGUGAGAUCUCAUCUAAUCUUGGUUCGGAAUUCCAUGCGAUGGACCUUGUCAAUCCAAGCCUAAAGCUGAAGAUGAAAUUUUCUAGUUUACAGCUGUUCAGAGAAGCUGUUAAGCAGUACAAUGUACAAAGAGGCAAAGACAUUCAAGUCUAUGGUAGACAUAUGAGUGAUGAGCAGUCUUUUGAAGUAAGGUCCUUAAGACUUAAACACUCUUGUAAUCGUGUAUACAAGAGCUCAAUUGUGAAUUCUAGGUGGAUAUCAGAUAAGUUGUUUGACAAGUUUAAGAUUCAACCAGACAUGCCACUUAAGGUGAUACAAGAUGAAGUGAAGAGAAGAUGGAACAUAGAAGUGACCAGGAGCCAAAUGUAUAAGGGUCGAAGAAGGGCAGGAAAUCAGAUUUUUGGUAAUCUGGGUGAACAGUACAGCAGGUUGUGGGAUUACUGUGAAACUUUGAGGCAAACAAACAAGGGCAGCUGUGUUAUGAUGAAGGUUGAGAGACCUACCCCUAACUCAGAACCUUUGUUCCAAAGACUUUAUAUGUCCCUUGCAGCCAUGAAGCAAGGGUUCCUGGAGGGUUGUAGGCCUGUUAUUGGCCUGGAUGGGUGCUUUCUGAAGGGUCCAUACAAGGGAACACUACUAGCUGCAGUUGGCAGAGAUGUCAACAACAACAUGUAA